AUGCCCAAGUUGAGAACUCAUCGGGGCGGGCGUCCAGAUACCGCCUUGUCUAUCGAUGCACGCGAGCUAGGAAACUUGAAGUGGGAGCUGUACAGAGCCACCGACUUUACCAAUCCGAUCCUUCUCGAUGAGUCUAUCGAAGCCACACAGGCGGCUACAGGUCAUGAUGUCGACUCUUGCACCGACACAAUACUGCUCCAGGAUCUCAUCUUUCGACUUGUCACCCGUUUUGCGCUCAGCGGCAACGGAGCUGACUUCGACCAUAUCGUCUCAGUUGGUCGUCGUGGGGUCCAGCUCCUCGCUGAUAGCGGGCUGGAUAGAACUAUGUGCAUCUAUCAGCUGCAUAAGCUACUACGACGGCACCUUAGCUCUGUGGUGAAGCUUGAAGAUGUUGAUUGCGACGUCGUAGCUUCCCAAUGCGUGAUCGACAUCCGGUCCGAUGACGAUCCAAAGAAGCCAGAAGCUCUCUACCACUACAGUAACAAGCUUCUGACUCGUUUCUGGGCACAUGAUAAACCCGAAGAUCUCGAGAACGCCAUUGCAGCACGAAGCCGCGCAGUCGAACUCGAGGAGGAUGACCAGUCUGACAAGCCAUCACAUCUUACCGAGCUCGGUAGCUUGCUUCACCUUCGCUUUGUUCACGGACACGAGGUCUCGGAUCUCGAGCAGGCCAUCCUAUACCAUGAACUUGCGGUCAAACUUACGCUAGAUGGGGAUUCCGACAAGCCUCGGCGAUACCGCAACUUGGGCGAUUCGCUCAACGGGCGUUAUAAGCAUUCGAACGAUCCCGAGGAUCUUGAGCGAGCCAUCUUAUGCUACACACGCGCCAUUGCUCUUGUCCACGAAGAUGACCCUAGCAAGGCGGAGUUGUGCCACGUCUUGGGGCAUCUAACGCGCUCGCGCUUCGAGCAGACCGGAUCGCUCCAGGAUCUUGACCAAGACAUCUCGUGGCACACUCAAUCAGUCGAGCUCACUCCUGAUUAUCACCGUAGCAAGCCCAGAGCUGUGCGAGUCCGGUUUUAA